AUCGUGCAGGCAGGUCUGGGAAUCAGUCUGGGUUCUAGACUUCUCCUAUCCCAUGCACCUGACUGCUUGGUAGAAUCAGUGCGCAUUUGCGGAUAUCGAAAUUCCUAUAACCGAGGUGCACACAUCUGGGUUUUGUACUGUAACUUGAACACAGAUCUUUCCCACUUAUCUAGAAUGGGGACAGUGACUGUGUCGUGCCCAGCUGCCUGUGUGUGGCCAUCACUUGUGUAAGGACUGCUACCGAAGUCUCAGCUGGGCCUGCCGGGAGGGAGAGAGGGAAGAGCAGGAAGAGCGCUCGCUGCCUGGGGCGCUGGGCCCGGGCGGGGAAGACAGGCUCGGCCGCUCCCGCGGGGAUCAGCCCCGGGGCCCACCUUCCCCUUCUCGGCGCCGCUCCUCGCCCACCCCGACCCGCGAUCGCGGCCCAGGGCUGGUGUUGGCGCCCCCUUCUCGGUUCCCGCCUGCACCGCGGGGUUCAGAGCUCUGCUCGAGUCAUGGAGCUGGGGCCGCACAGCAGGCCCGCUGAGCCGGGGCGUUGCGUGAGCGGCUCGCCGAGCGCGGGCUCAGCGUUCCCGGCGUCCCGGGUGUCGGCCGCCGGGGCCGAGCCCGGGAGUCGGCCCACAGCCGUGGCCGCCGUGCUGCCGGCCGGGGGCUGCGGGGAGAGGAUGGGCGUCCGCACCCCGAAGCAGUUCUGCCGCGUUCUGGAGAGGCCGCUCAUCAGCUACACCCUGCAGGCCCUGGAGAGAGUAUGCUGGAUAAAGGACAUUGUUGUGGCAGUGACAGGGGAGAACAUGGAAGCAAUGAGGAACAUCAUCCAGAGGUACGGGCACAAGCGCAUCUCACUAGCUGAGGCCGGAGCCACGCGCCACAGGUCGAUUUUCAGUGGACUGAAAGCCCUGGCAGAGGAUCAGCCAGACUGUAAACUCACUAAGCCAGAAGUGGUGAUUAUCCACGAUGCCGUGAGACCUUUUGUGGAGGAAGACGUUCUCCUGAGAGUUGUCAUGGCAGCUAAGGAGCAUGGGGCAGCAGGGGCAAUUCGACCUCUGGUGUCCACUGUCAUCAGUCCCGCUGCAGAUGGCUGCUUGGACCACGCCCUGGACCGGGCCAAACACAGGGCAAGUGAAAUGCCACAGGCUUUUCUCUUUGAUGUGAUCUAUGAGGCGUAUCAGCAGUGUAGUGACUAUGACUUGGAAUUUGGAACCGAGUGCUUGCAGUUGGCCCUAAAAUACUGUCACACGAAAGCGAAACUUGUAGAAGGGCCCCCCGAGCUCUGGAAGGUGACCUACAAACAAGAUCUGUAUGCAGCCGAAUCACUGAUUAAGGGUCCCAUCAGGGGAAAGCAUAUAUCCUGGCAUACUUCCUGCCUGCGUACCUCCAGCCUACAUCCAACCAGGGGCAAGAGUACAUCCUGAUGUGUUUCCCACCUCUGUACUUCCAGCCUACAUCCAACCAGGGGCAAGCGUACAUCCUGAUGUGUUUCCCACCUCUGUACCUCCCAUGUGAUCAAGCACAGCCUGUGCACAAACUUGUUUAGGAGAGGGAAAAUGUGUGGUUUGUUAUCUUCCAUAAGCAAUUAAUAUAAAUAUAAUUAAUAUAAAUAUAAAUAUAAGCAAAGCCUCCAGCAGUUCAGGAACUCUCUAUUCUAGGGCAAGGGGCUUAGAGGUUAGAGGUAUUUUUGUUUGAUGGGUCGCUUAGACAAAGUAAUUGAAACUUAAAACAUAACUUUAGAGCUCAUUUCCAGGGAAAGCAUUUUGAUACCCACAGGUACAGAUUACAGGAAGAGACUCAGCUCAGCAGUGGUGGGAAGAUAGGCAGAGACAGAUCCAUGGAACUGCCUGCUACCACCCCAGGUGUUCCUUUAAGAAUUCUCCUCUAAGGUGAAGUUUACAUUCUUGACUUUGCUGCAAGAGGAAUUUUAGAAUAAGUCAGUAUUAAGCAGAAUUGGAGUUGAUAAGAUGUUUUUUAGGUCAUGGGUUAGUAGAAAAGUACUUAGGGAAGGCGCACAACCCCAGUGUGGGUGUGGGCUUUUCAUGUAUUUGAUGUCAAUGGGUUUUGAAGUUCCAUCUUCCCAGAGUUGCUAAGAAACUUAAAUGAGAUCAUUGGGUGGUUCCUGAGAUAUACAGACAAAAGGAUUGAAGGACGAAUUGCAUUUGGUACUGUAAAACCCAAGAUCAUAAGAAUUGCAUGGAAGUUAAGAUGUUUUUACUGUCAACAAAAGUUAAUAGACUUACUGAUGAGACUCCCAGAUAACAUCUGGGAGAGGAUAAGGCAAUAUUUGGGGGUAUACGUAUGCCUGAAGCAUGUUUCAUUGCUGUUUUAAUAUUAAGUAUCUGUAUAUAAAUGAAUAUUAUCUCCACAUUAACAGCCUUCAGAGCACAUAGCAUUAACUGUGCUGGAAUUCUUGAUUCCCAGUUGCUUUGAGUCUUCAUCCAGACCCAUGAGUGAGGCACUUCUCUCCUUUUCCAUGUCCCUUAAUCUUUCCUGUCUUUCUAGCUGCCAUCUGUAAGCUAGAGGGCCAAGAAAGUCUGUGGUGUUGUGUCCAUCAAAACCCAAAGCUCAGAGUACCAGGAUAGCAUUAUUGUUUGCACUGAAACUGAGACCAAUUGGAUGUUUCAGCUUCAGUGAGGGAGAAUUCUCCCUUCCAGCCUUUCUGUCCUCCUAUUCUCAUGGGAAUUUGGAUGGACUGCAUGCUACUGUCUUCAUGUUGAUGAGGCCAUGCCUUUGUUUAGUCUGACCAUUUUUGUUGACCUCUUCCAGAAACUCUAGCUCCCUCACAGAUACAACCAGAGCUUAACAGCUAUUUGAGCGGUCCUUUCUCAGACAAAUUGUUACAUAAAAUUAAUAAUCACAUUUAAUAAAUGGUCAAAGUUGUUUUGUGGUUUAUAUGUUUUAAUUUACUUGUACUCCGUAUUGCAUCCAAGCAAUGAUGGUCUUGAACACGCUGGGCAAGCGGUCUACAACUGACCUGCACUUCCAGCCCUCUUUUUACUUUUAUUCUGACAUUG